AUGGCCAAAAAUUGCUAUAUAUGCAACAAGCAAGAUGGGGGUGUCGAGAAAACAAAAGUUAACAUAUUUGACACAAAGACUCCAAUAUCAGACAAAAAGGUAUCAGAAUUAUUAUUUGAUAUAUCGGGAAUUGUAGUGCGAGAAAAAUGCAAAGAACAAAAUAAUUUGUGUGCAAAAUGUUAUAAGAAAAUCUUGGAAUAUGAUUACCUACUGGCUAGACUAAAUGAAAUGAAAACUGAAACUACUAAUAAUAUAAAUCGUUCAGAAGACAUUCGAUUGAAAGAAGAUGAAAUAAAACUAGAGAUUCAAAGUUAUACAAUAAAAAAAGAAGCAACAUUUGAAAGGGAUUUGAAGAAAAAAGUUCCCUUAGUGGUUCCUGCAUCAAAAUUAAAACCUCUUCCUCCUGGUUUUAAUUUGAAAUUGAGCAAAUAUUUGACUAAAACAAGUCCUGUUAAAAUGGAAAAAUUAACAACUGAAGUACAAGUGCAAAAUAAAACAACACAAAAUAUAGAUUAUAAAGUACCACUUAUUCUACCUAAUCAGUUAACAACAUUGUUAAAUAAUAAACAACUUAGUUUUAAUGAUUUUGUUGUUGUCAAAGAAAAGGAUGAUGACAAUAAUGAUGAUCGCCCUAUGGAGAUUGAUGAAGAUGCAGUAAUAAUGGAAACUGAGAAUGGUAUAAUCAGUGUUGUGUCCCAUCAGAAGUUUUUGUAUGGCAAUUCUGAGUUAGCACUAGUAAUGCCUGACGGAGAUGUCUUGGAUCAACAUCAUGAUGAUGGGCAGGAUUCAAACUCUGAUCAUAUCGAAUUGCAAGUUUCGGGUGAUGAAGAAACAGCCAAGGCUAUAAUAGCUGCCACUAAUGAACAAGGUGGAACAUUUAUAAAGGUCGGAAGCGGUGAGAUGUACGAAGUGAAGUCAGUCGAAAGUAAGAUCAAUGACGUGAGCCAAUCGACGGAAGACAUUUUGAGGCUGGACGAAAAUAUGGUGGAAGUGGAUGGAGAUAAAUUCAAAUGUCUAUUUUGUGAAAGGAUCAAUAAAAAUGAGAAUGCGGAUCCAGUGACGGGCGAUGCGGAAUGGAUGAUGCUCCAUUUAAAGGCUAUUCACUCGGCUCGUUUGUACUUAUGUAAUUGUGGCGCUAUUAUUCGAAAAAGGGUGGAUUUUAGCGCACAUAUAGAACAACACGCGAAUUCGAAUAGUGUCAUAAGCCCAGAAACUGCGGAGAAACUUAGCAAACUUCAUGAAUGUGGAAUUUGUAAGAAGAAAUUCAGUUCUCGUCUCGUCCUAUCCGGUCACAUGAACUCUCACACGGGCGAGCGUCCGUACACGUGCGACAUAUGCGAUCGUUCCUUUGCAUCGCGCUAUACGCGACAAGCGCAUAUGAAGACGCAUACUGACCGCCCGCGUCCAUACAUAUGCAAUCAAUGCGGGAAAGCAUUUUUGACUCCCCACAAUCUACAACAUCAUGAAAAGAUACAUUCCGGUACUAAGGACUUCGUUUGUAAAUGUUGUGGUAAAGCAUUCGGUUCCCAACACAACCUCGAAGUACACGGCGUGAUACACACCGGAGUUAAACCGUUCGUGUGUACAGUCUGCGACAAAGGUUUUGCCCGUCGCGCUGAAGUCAAGGAUCAUAUGAGAAUACAUACAGGAGAGAGACCAUUUGAAUGCGAAACGUGUGGAGCGCGUUUCUCCCAGAGAUCGAAUCUACACUCGCAUAGAAGGGCGACCCAUCUUCAAGACAAGCGACAUGAAUGCCCACAUUGCCCCAAGCGAUUUAAACGACGACGAUUAUUAGAAUACCACAUAAAGUCCACUCACACGGGCGAGCGUCCGUUGCAGUGCACCGUGUGUGACGCUACCUUUAUAUACCCCGAACAUCACAAGAAGCAUAUGCGUAUUCAUACCGGAGAAAAACCUUUUGUAUGCGAGGUGUGCGGUAAGGGGUUCAAUUCCCGCGACAACAGAAACGUACAUCGGUUCACCCAUAGUGACCGGAAACCGUACGAAUGUGUGCUAUGCGGUGCCGGGUAUAUGAGGAAAAAUCAGCUUUACCAACAUAUGAAUAUUACGGGCCAUCUAUCGGAGUCUAUUGUUGUGAACCAACCGAGAGUCACACAGAUCGAAGAUGAGGAAUCAAAAAUCCAGUCUGUUAUCAUAAGCGGGGACGGCAAAGAUAGUAAAAUACUGGAGACGGUGUACGAAAGUGAUUUACAAGCUUUAGCCGCAGACGCAGAGAAUGUUGUGGUGACGCAAACCGCAGCUCCGAGCCAAUAUAUCUUAGCCACAGGAACUAAAACAAUGGACGAGAUACAAGAAUGUGAAACUGUGGACGAUGAUUGUACAUUUAUAUCUAUAGAAAACCUAGAACAAGCAGCUCAGAUUGACGGUACCGUCUUGGAAAAUCUCACAUCUGAUCAACUUGAACAAGCUCAUUUACUAAGCGACGGUAAUAACACGCUACGUUUAAUUCAAAUACAACUUGCUGAUGGCGGUUGUGGGUGGGUUGCGGUCAGUCAGUAG